UGCUGGCUUUGGAGGCUUGGGCCCACCACUGGCUGGCUGCUUGCUGGGAAAAACUGCGGAGAGGCUAAGGCGGCGGUGGCUGAGGGCUGAGCUUUCAGGCCAUGGCCUUGGCUGUCUGCAAAGUUGAUGUUUCCCGAGAUCUGAAGAACAUUUGAGUGUUAAAGCCUCAGUUGAUAUCAGACUUGCAGGUGACGUGGGCAAGUUGUCCUGUGAGACCACUGGGGCUGGAGUGGCCAUCAAAACAGCUGGAUCACAGUCCAUGUACCAAUCAAGCAAGGAAUCAAGUUGUGUAGACUACAGCCCUGCGUGCAUCCGGCUUGGGAGGGCUCCUGUCAGGCCACAGAAAGGCAAAGCAGCUGCAGGACUGUCUAGCAGAGCAAAGGCUCUGUUGAGAAAGCGGCUGGGGUGAGACUCAAGACAGCCGGAUCGCAGGACCAGAGCACCACAGUUCACGUGGCUAAAGGGCGUGGCCUGCGGAGGCGGAGCCUUCUUGGAGCAGUGCCUGUGAGUUCUACUCUGCCAGCCUUGGGGGAGGAGCCGCAUUUUACCAGGCUGCAGCUGACAAGAAGCAUCAAGCCUCGACUGCUAUCAGAGGCUCAUGAGCUGUGGGAACUCUACAUGUGAUUCGACUUGAGCCCAGAAAGGCAGUGUGACUACAUACGUGCCCCCAAGGUUGAAAGGGCUGCCUGGAAAUCAACUGGCUUGAGAGUCAAGAUAGUUGGAUCACAUUGCAAGACUGUCACCAUCCAUGUGACAGAGGUAUCUUCCAGAGUUCUUAUUCAAACAACAAGUAUCCUGGGGACAUAUUUGUGGAAGAAAACAGUGCACAUAAACCAUAAACUCUUUGUGGCUCUAAACCAAAAGAAACUUUAAUAAGACUGUUGUUUUGAUAGCACUUGUAUUUGCAGACACAAGGCCAACCAAUCUUUGUAAUACUAACUACUUGUCACACUAAUCUAAAUCAUAAUGGAUGGUGACUAUGUCCUAUGUUAUUGGGAAGAACAGUUAUGGCCAGCAGAAGUCUUAUGUAGGUCUGAAAUUGCGUCAAGUAGUAAAAGGGAAACGGCAUUUUCUCUGGAAGUUCAGUUACUUCCAAUAGGUGAGAAAAUUACCGUGUACAGCAGAGACACAAUAGCACUAACUAGAUCCGAGGUUGAAGCUAUUUUGGCCUCACAAGCAGAAGAGUCAGAGGUCAACGUUCUACCUAGGGAAGAGACAGCCUAUGAAAAAUCGCUGAAAAUGGCGCUGGAAGUGGUGACAGAGGUAAAUGAGAGCCAGGAAAGCAUGCCAGAUGAAGAAGACACCACUAGAGCAUCUGAAAGUGAACCGGUGGAGCUGUCUGAUUCACCUCCCCCUAAAAAGUAUCGAAAACUGGAAAGCAGCCUCCAAGAAGACUCAGCCUCCAUUUUACUGUGCUCAGAGAGUGAUGAUUCCCUAGCUGACGAUAAGAUGCAAGUGUACACAAUUUAUGGGGGCAUUCCAGGUGAAGAGGAUUCAAAGCCACCCCGAGGCUUCAGCUGGUACCCAGUUUACCCUUCGUUUAUAAACGAUGAUGAUGAUGAUGAUAAAAAAGAAGAAAAGAAAAAGAUUGACAUCUCAGCAAUUAUGUCUGUGAAUUUAUCAUUCAAAGAGGAAAGUGAAGACAUUAAAGAAGAAAAGUUGAUUGUAUCAGCAGACGAUCUGGUUGUAGCCAAGGAAGAGAUCCAAGGCAUGUACCCAGAAGCCCCAGCAGGUUCCUCUGAGUGUUCCACCUUCCCAGAGGAUUACAUGGACGAUCCUGGAGAGGGCCCAUCAUAUCUGAUUCCAUGCUUCUAUGGCAGCCAGAAUCUUUAUGGCAGCCAGAGUCUCUAUGGCAGCCAGAAUCAAUCUUCUGUGGAAUCAGAAAUGGGUGUUGAGACCUCCCCUGAAGGCUGCUCAGGGGACUCUCAGGUUUCACUUCCUGUCUGUAGUAAUCCAGUCAACAGUGACCUACUACUUCAGAGACCGGAUUUUGAAGAUCUUGAGGAAGAAGCUCAAGCUUCUGACAAGCUACCUUCUCUAAAUCCUGUUAGUGCAGCUGCACUAGGCAAUGGUGAAGAGAAAGAAGAUGAAGAGCUUCCCCGUUUCCUUCUCUGCUACGAGACACGGGCAUUUGAACCCGGAAUGAUAGUGUGGUUUAAAUAUCAAAAAUACCCAUUUUGGCCAGCAGUGAUAAAAAGCAUUAGGCGAAAAGAAAGGAAAGCAAGUGUGCUUUUGGUUGAGGCAAACAUGAAUCCUCAAAAGAAAGGUGUUAGAGUCUCUUUGAGAAGAUUAAAAAAAUACGACUGUGACGAGAAGCAGGAACUCGUGGAGAAAGCUAGAAAGGAGUACGGUGACAGUAUCGAUUGGUGCGUGUCACUGAUUUGCGACUACAGAGUUAGACUAGGUUGUGGAUCUUUUAAGGGCUCAUUCUUUGAGUACUACGCUGCUGACAUCAGUUACCCAGUCAGGAAAAUAAUCAAUCAAGACACCUUCAGAAAUAUCUUUCCAAAGCUACCCAAUGAAGACACAGGGGAGCAAAUGUCUGUGACUUCCCAUGCCAAGAAAAUAUCUUUCCAGAAAAUUCUCCCUGAUCGGAUGAAGCCUGCUCGAGACCGUGCUAACAAGAACCUGGUCAAUUUCAUUGUCAAUGAAAAAGGUGCAGAGGGCCAUCUCUUGGGCAUUUUAAAGGGCACAAAAAAAUCCAGAUGGCUGAAAUCAUUUUUGAAUGCCAAGAGUUUCACACCCUGUAUCGAAACAUACUUUGAAGAUGAAGAUCAACUAGAUCAGGUGGUGAAAUAUCUACAAGAAAUCUAUAAACAAAUCGAUCAGAAGAUGCUCACUCUGAUAAAAGAUGACAAAAUUAAGUUUAUCUUGGAAGUUCUUCUACCAGAAGCGAUUAUUUGCUCCAUUUCUGUAGUUGAUGGCUUAGAUUAUAAGGCGGCUGAGGCAAAGUAUCUGAAAGGACCAUCCCUUGGCUAUAGGGAGAGAGAAUUAUAUGAUUCCAAAAUCAUAUUCGAAAAGAGACGGAGGUCGUUAGCAAAGGAAGCUCAGUAAUUAUGCCAAGAGUUGAAACCAUAAGGGAAGCUAGAGGAAACUUUGGAAAAGUAAUCAUCUAGAAUUUCCAACAUGUAAAUAUUGGCGAAAAUAUGUGCAGGGAGGGUCCUUGAAUCACAAGUCCUUUUAUUUUUGGAAGAUCUGUGCAAUCUGCAGAUACCACUACAUCCAUCUUUAUUUUCUUGCACUUUUUCAGAAUCAGCUUUGUCAAUAUAUUUUUAGCAGUUUAAUUUCUUAAUACAUUUUAGAAUGCAUAAUUCUUAAGCAAUUUUAAGGGAAAUUACUAUUUUGUUCUAUGAUAUUUUGUGUCUUUGCUGUAUAGGUAAAUACAGUAUGCACAUUCAGUUUGAUAAAAUUGCACUGGUGUUAGAUUUUAAGCGAGAGAAUUAGAAGAGAUGUUGAAAACAAAUAUUAGUCAUAUAUUUUUUGCUCAAUUUUUUAAAUAGAAUACUAAGUUUUCUCUUAAGAUAGCUGAAUUAUUUUUCCUGUCAUGCUUAUUUAUUUUUUGGAAAAUUAUCGCUAAAUCAUAGAACCAAAGAUAGACUAAAUGUUGCUACAUAUCAUAACUAACCACAAUCGCUUUUGCAAGGAAACAAUCUAAAAUUAAAAAGUAUAUGGGCUAUCUGCAUUAUUCUGUGUGUGUGUGUGUGUGUGUGUGU